AGUACGAAAGUCAAAUCACAUGGGUUUGUGAACUAUUAGCGCGGGUAAACGGUGAGGAAAAGUAAACGAAGGCAAGCACCAUCAUCUUCUUCCUUCCUUCAUUUUUCUGCGUUAAAGGAGACAUACAUGUCUUUACCAACCAGCCUAUACAUCUACUGUCAUAACUACGACUAAUACUAGUCCAACCCUGCCCUAUGUUUAUUUACUCGCUGCCCUUUCCUGUCUGAAACCCUAGAGCGAUAGACUUGAGAGUGAGUGAGUGUGUGCGAGAGAGAGAGAGAGAGAGAGAGAGAGAGAGAGAGAGAGGGAGAGGAGAGGCUUCGAAUAGCAAAUCAAAAUCAGAAUGAAGAAGGGAGGCUUAAUUCCUAACCUCAAGCUCACUCUCCCUCCUCCCGAUGAGGUCUCCUUCUCCAAGUUCCUGACUCAAAGCGGUACGUUUAUGGAUGGCGAUCUGCUCGUGAACAGGGACGGGGUUCGGAUUGUCUCUCAAACUGAAGUCGAAGCUCCACCCCCCAUCAAGCCAUCAGAUGAUCAGUUGAAUUUAGCAGACCUAGACUCCAUUAAAGUCAUAGGAAAAGGAAAUGGCGGGAUUGUGCAAUUGGUGCAACACAAAUGGACUGGCCAAUUUUUUGCAUUAAAGGUAAUUCAAAUGAAUAUUGAGGAGUCCCAUCGCAAGCAAAUUGCUCAGGAAUUGAAAAUUAAUCAGUCAGCACAAUGUCGAUAUGUUGUUGUCUGUUACCAGUCUUUCUAUGAUAAUGGUGCCAUUUCAAUCAUCUUAGAGUACAUGGAUGGUGGAUCUCUAUUAGAUAUUCUGAAAAAGGUCAAAACAAUUCCAGAGCCAUAUCUUGCUGCCAUCUGUAAACAGGUGCUUAAGGGUUUGCUGUAUCUUCAUCAUGAAAAACAUGUUAUCCAUAGGGACUUAAAACCUUCCAAUCUGUUGAUAAAUCAUAGAGGGGAAGUCAAGAUUACCGACUUUGGUGUGAGUGCAAUUCUGGCAAGCACCUCUGGGCAGGCAAAUACGUUUGUUGGCACGUACAACUAUAUGUCUCCAGAGAGAAUUAUUGGAGGCAGAUAUGGCUACAAAAGUGACAUUUGGAGUUUGGGAUUAGUAUUACUCGAGUGUGCAACAGGUCAAUUCCCAUAUUCACCACCGGAGCAGGGUGAAGGAUGGGUCAACUUUUAUGAGCUCAUGGAAGCUAUUGUCGAGAAAUCACCACCUUCUGCACCUUCUGAUCAAUUUUCUCCACAAUUCUGCUCAUUUAUUUCUGCAUGUGUACAGAAAGAACAAGAAGCUAGACAGUCAGCACAUCAACUUAUGACUCAUCCUUUCAUUGCCAUGUAUGAAGACUUAGACAUUGAUCUCUCAUCUUACUUCACAAGUGCAGGAUCUCCACUUGCAACCUUAUAAAAACGUCUGGGUCGAAUCUGAAAACGUACUAUCCUAUAGAAACUGGGAGUUGGAGGAAAACAGCUUGCCAGAAGUUUUGAAGACCUUAUGAGUGUUUUCUAGAGGUUUUAUUAUGAUUGCAACGGAGAGCAGUGUACUUGGAAGAAUGAUUGUACUAAAUUAUCACCUGAAAACGAUUAAUAUAGUUGUCUGUAUAGAGGUGCAAAAUCAUCAGCUUGUGUUUUGAAUAUUGUGAUUUCAUUAUUUU